AUGGUACCUCCUGGUAACCUAGCACGUACAUACUGGGUGAGGUUAUGCCGGUACCUGGACCUUACCCCAGAUUCCCCUCCAGCCAAGCCACAGACUAAGACCCUGGGGUACAAGCAUGUCGACGUCAGUGCUUGUUUUGAUACCGUUGCUACACAAGAUGCCCAGUCGCCAACAAAAAUGACCCGAUCUCACAAGGCCAACGACCGUGACCACAAGGGCAUUGCCGAGGGGACUAUGCUCCCCACGGAAACUGUCCCUCGCUUCUUUGGUAAAAAUGGCUUCGCCGAUGUCGACCCCAAGAAGAUGAAGAAGGACGGCUCUGGUCGAGGCAAUUGGGGAACUGUCAACGAUGAUAUCGCUGGCGAGCAGUUCACCUUUACCAAUACUCGCCGCCGCUCCAACAGUAGCAGCUUUUCUCAUGUUGCCGAUUUCAAGACAAAGUUUGAGGUCAACGAGCCCGAGCCCGUUUUUGAGGAGUCGCUCCACGGUCCUGAGGAGGAAGACCAUGAAGACCUCACCAAGACCGACUCUUCCGAGAGCGGUCGAUCUUCGUCUUGA